GUAGUUCUUGCUAAGACAAUUGGCAUUGCUAGAUCCACCAAUAUUGAUAAAAGUUGUCAAGCUGUAAACCUUCAUUAUUAUCAAGAAGUUCCUGGAUUGUGUGAGAACAAGAUGCUUUUAAAAAUUGUUCAUGAACUUUCUUUAAUGCAAAUGUAG